AUGGACGUGGAACUUGUUCAGGGGAGCACCCUUGUUUGCCGAGUCGGUCAUCUGGGGCAGAGCUUGACCAUGUGUAGAUGCAAGCUUCAAGCUUCCCCUGAUUUAGAUGAGCCCGAGAAGGAUUUUGCAGACCGUCUUGAGUUAGAUCCUUCGGCGUUUGCUCGGGAUUGGGCAUUAUUAAAGCGCAGGUUGACUUAUCAUGAAUUUUUGGGCCCCCGACUAAAAGUUCAAGCAUUGACCAUCUGUAGAGAACAUUAG